GGGUGGGGAGGUGACUUCUCCUUUUUAGCUCUGGAGUCUAGGCUGUCUUGUCUUCUUCAGCAGACCUUGGCAGAGCCCAGCAGACAGACGCGACAGCCACUGCCAGGCUUGGCAGCUAGCGACCAUGGCCCUCAGAGCAGUCCCAACCCAGCGCAUCUGCUAUUGCUUCAAUGUCAGGAUCGCUACCACAGCCCUGGGCAUCUACCAUGUGGUCAUGAGUGUGCUGCUUCUCAUUGAGCACUCUGUGGAGGUGGCCAUUGGCAAAGGAAAUUGCAAAGUCCCACAGACUUCCUACUACAAGAUUGCGGACAUUGCUUCCAGCUUCCUGCUCAUCGUCAUGCUUUUUAUCAUCAGCGUGAGCCUGCUCUAUGGCGUACUCAAGAACCGGGAGCGACAUCUUUUGCCCUUCCUGUCUCUGCAAAUCAUGGAUUUUCUCCUGUGCCUCCUCACGCUGCUGGGCUCCUACAUUGAACUCCCUGCCUAUCUGAAGUUUGGUUCCCGGGGGAGCCACACGAAAGGGCCCUUCAAAGUGCCUCUCAUGGCUCUGCAGUUGCUAGAUUUCUGUCUCAGCAUCCUGACCCUCUGCAGCUCCUACAUGGAAGUCCCUACAUAUCUCAACUUCAAGUCCAUGAACCAUAUGAAUUAUCUCCCAAGUCGAGAGGGCCUGACUCAAGACCAGUUUGUCAAGUUGAUGAUUGGAUUCUCCAUUGCCUUCAUCAUGGUCCUCAUCUUGAAGGUCUAUAUGUUCAAGUGUGUUUGGAGGUGCUACAAGUACAUUAAAUCUCUAAACAGGGCUGAGGACAAAGCCAACACCAAGAUCUUCCAGAAGAUUCUUCUGCCCACCUACGAGGAAGCUGUGGCCCUGCCAUCCAAGGAACUGGCCCCACCUCCUUACUCAGCGGUGUGAGCUGCAGCAUCCCUCCUCCCUGGCGGCCAAUGGGAGGAGAGCAGAGUUGCUACAGAUGCUUCUUUUUGCUUUAAGUGGCCCUCAUGACUAUCCGGCUUCCUUCCAGAUGUGUUUCUGUUUUGUUUUUUUAACAACCCUAGUAGAACUCUGGUCUCUUUCAGCCCUUUAGGGCCUGUUAAUGAUAUUCCUAAUUGGGGUGAUCUGUUCUGGCUGAAACUAGAGCUAAAAGGGUCACCUUACAUACUUUUUAGUCCAAACCCACUCAUCUUACAGAUGAGAAAUGUCCGGCCAAGAAAAGGAAAGUGAUUUGCUCAAAGUUGAACAGGUAGUAAGUGGCAGGGCUGGGAUUCGAACCCAGAUUCCCAACUCUCAAUCCAACAUUCCUUCUACACACCUUGAUGCCUUCUAAUUGGAUUCAUUACUCAAUUGUAUCAAAUAAGGGGGUGGAUGGGUUCAGCCCCACAAUGGUUAAUUCAGUCAGUUUUCAAUGAAGCCACAGUGUAGUGCAGUGGACAGUCAUCCCAACCCUGGAAUUCAUCAGAUGUUCUGCUGCUUGACUGAAUGUAUGUAUGGGUCCAUGUCGUCACCACAGUUGUACUAUUAUGGGGUCUGGAAGGCUCUGGCCCAGAAGUAUCAUCUCCCAUCUCCAAUCAGAAUGAGUGUCUUGAUGGCUCUUGUUUCUCAGAGAGGCUAUAGAUGUUGGUAGACUGAGAAGUGGCCCCUCUGAUGGAGACUGAGAGGUGGGCUUUGUAUGGGGAAUCAAGGUGAGCUGGGCAUAGGGAAAAAGGCUUGGUGUACCAGCCUUCUGGGCCUGGCGGAGUUGCUUUCCAUAUGUAACAAGGAAGGGCUUUAUUAAAAUUGCAUUAAAGCUUUCUCCAUGAUUGA